CCAGCACCUGGCCCCGCCCCUCGUGCGCGGGGCCGCGCCUCGUGCUGGACAAUAGCGGCGUUGCCGCAGCCGAGUUGUGUCUCCUCCAAAUCAGGCCGGGACUUGCCGCAGUUACAGCAGCCGCCGGGCCCGCCCGCUACGACCUGAACUAGCGGCGGCAAUGCCGCCGUCCCGGUUGCGGAGCUGACCGGGGGAUUCGCUUUUCGAGCCGGGAGCUUGAUGUUGGUUUCUUCUGGAUCAUCUAGGCUGCCUCUCCGCUUCUCCUGCGCAAAGCUCGCCGAGCCCUUCCCGAACGGUAGAAAGAAGUCUUUCUAGCGUUGCCCGGGUGUGCGUGCGUGGGGCAGGUGAAAGCGGUGAGCCGGGCCCUGCCUUGAUCCCGGAGCCGGGCCUGGCUUUGAUUGGCACCCCAGAAGACGAGGUGGUGGUGGCGGCGGUAGUGCAGCCACCGUUUCAAUGGAAGUAUGCUAUCAACUGCCGGUGCUGCCUCUGGACAGGCCGGUCCCGCAGCAUGUCCUCAGUCGCCGGGGGGCCAUCAGCUUCAGCUCCAGUUCCGCUCUUUUCGGCUGCCCCAACCCCAGGCAGCUUUCUCAGAGACGUGGAGCAAUUUCCUAUGACAGUUCUGAUCAAACUGCAUUGUACAUUCGCAUGCUAGGAGAUGUACGAGUAAGAAGUCGGGCAGGAUUUGAAAGAGAGAGAAGAGGUUCUCAUCCAUACAUUGAUUUCCGUAUUUUUCACUCAAAUUCUGAAUUUGAAGUUUCUGUGUCUGCAAGAAAUAUCCGAAGGUUAUUGAGUUUCCAGCGGUACUUGAGAUCUUCCCGUUUCUUCCGUGGUAUUACUCUUCCAAAUUCUUCAAACAUUUUAGAUGAUGAUUACAAUGGGCAAGCUAAGUGUAUGCUAGAAAAAGUUGGGAACUGGAAUUUUGAUAUCUUCCUUUUUGACAGGCUAACAAAUGGAAACAGUUUGGUCACAUUAACCUUUCACCUGUUUAAUCUUCAUGGACUUAUAGAAUACUUCCAACUAGAUACAAUGAAGCUACGCAGAUUUUUAGUAAUGGUUCAAGAAGAUUAUCACAGCCACAACCCAUACCACAAUGCAGUUCAUGCUGCUGAUGUGACUCAGGCCAUGCACUGUUAUUUAAAUGAACCCAAGCUUCUACAGUCUCUAACUCAAUGGGAUAUUCUGCUCAGUUUAAUUGCAGCUGCCACUCACGAUUUGGAUCAUCCAGGUGUUAAUCAGCCUUUUCUUAUUAAAACAAACCAUUAUUUAGCAACUUUAUACAAGAAUACCUCAGUAUUAGAAAAUCAUCACUGGCGAUCUGCAGUGGGGUUAUUGAGAGAGUCUGGAUUAUUUGCACAUAUAUCACUAGAAAGCAGGCAGCUGAUGGAAAGCCAAAUAGGAGCAUUGAUUCUCGCCACUGAUAUUAGCCGUCAGAAUGAAUAUCUGUCCCUGUUUCGUACCCAUUUGGACAAAGAAGACUUAUGCUUAUUAGAGGAAGAUCAUCGGCAUCUUGUCCUCCAGAUGGCUUUGAAAUGUGCUGAUAUUUGUAAUCCCUGUCGGACCUGGGAGCUAAGCAAACAGUGGAGUGAAAAAGUAACUGAAGAAUUUUUUAAUCAAGGAGACAUUGAGAAAAAAUACUGCUUAGGUGUGAGUCCACUAUGUGAUCGACAGACAGAAACCGUUGCCAACAUCCAGAUUGGUUUUAUGACCUAUUUGGUGGAACCAUUAUUUGCAGAAUGGGCUCGUUUUUCAAACACCAAGCUGUCUCAAACUAUGCUUGGUCACAUGGGACUGAAUAAAGCUAGCUGGAAAGGUAUUCAGAGAGAACAAUCUAGCAGCGGUGAUGAUACUGAUCCUGCAUGUGAGGAAACAGACUCUGAUGUAGUACCUCAGGAACACCGACUAUCCUGACCCCAGAAUCUGCUUAACAAACUGCUCUUGCUUGGUAUCUAUAGACCAGCGUUUGAGGAUAAAUUCUGCCUGACUGCCAAGGUUUCAGUAUAAACAAUGCCAGCAUUAUUUAUUUCCAGUUGUUUUCUUUGAGAAAUUUGAAACUGGUUUUCAAUUAUAAGACCUGAAUAUAGAGCAAUAUGCAUAUGCCUCAGUUGGCUUCUGCAUGGAACCUUGAAUAUGCAACCCUGAGAAGAAUACAAGUCUGGACUGGGAAAGUUCAAGAUUUGUUAUGUGCCACAUUAUUUGUUUUUUUUAGAGGAGAUUUGACGUAAGGCCUUCAAAACUGCCACAUGACAUGGAUGAUUCUAUUUUCCUGGAAUUUAGCAGGACUCCAUUCGAUCCUUGUCCAUUAUGUGGAAAUGUGAAGUGCCCAUACUUGGCUGCCUUGGGCAAGAACUGAUGUUUACACACAGACUUGGAAACCGUAGAUUCAAAAAUAACCUUUCUGCAUGGCUGUGAAGGAACCACUGAUUUUUUUUUUAAAUUAUCAAAUCUGAAACUGCAGCUCAUUUUUCUCUUAGUAAGAGAAGUCUGCCGUGGGUUACAAAUUUGGCUGUGCAUUGAGAAUUGAACAUUUAAUAUAAAGCACAGCCACGUUUUACUCCAGAGUAUGGGAAUGCAAUAUAGCAAGCAGAAAUACUUCUGAAUUUUGGGAAGGGAGGUGGGAUGGAGGAGAGGAAGAACUUCAAAUUAUGUUAAGAUUCUAUGGUGAAAACAAUUGCAUGUUGUUUUUGUUAUUGUACACUUGAACUGCACAUGCAACAAAAAAGGUGGAAUGACUACCAGAAACAGCUCAGGGUAUUGCCAGUCUGAAAUAAAGUGGGAUGGAAAGCAUGUCCUUCAUAACAAGGGUACAAAAUGCCCCUUACGCUGCAGUGUGUGUGAGUGAGAGAGUGAGCGUGAGAGAGAGAGAGAGAGAGAGAGAGAGAGAGGAUGAAGGAAUGAAUGAGUACCUGGUGGGAUUGUGAAAAAAGGGGAAAAUGAAAAGGAGUCAAAAGGCAUUUUUUAAUUUAUUCUUUUUAGAAUGUGAUAUUUUCAUGAGCAGCCAC